AUGCCGCUGCCCAGCCGCCUCCUUCCUGCCCUGGUCCUGCUCCUGGCAGGGUCCCCAGGUGGGGCCUGGGUCCCCAACCACUGCCGGGCCCCCCAGGAUGCCGUGUGCAACUUCGUGUGCGACUGCGGGGACUGCUCCGACGAGACGCAGUGCGGUUACAACGGGGCCUCGCCCGCCCGGAGCGCCCCCUUCGCCUGCAGCUUCGAGCAGGACUCGUGUGGCUGGCGAGACAUCAGCACCUCAGGCUACCGCUGGCUCCGAGACCGGGCAGGGGCCGCGCUGGGGGGCCCCGGGCCGCGCGCAGACCACACUCUCGGCACUGACCUCGGCUGGUACGUGGCUGUUGGCACUCAUCGCGGGAAAGAGCCGUCCGUGGCAGCCCUGCGCUCCCCCGUCCUGCGUGAGGCGGCCCCCACCUGUGAGCUGCGGCUCUGGUACCAGGCGGCCUCCGCAGACGUGGCUGAGCUGCGGUUGGAGCUGACGCAUGGCACAGAGACGCUGGCCCUGUGGCAGAGCUCAGGGCCCUGGGGCGCGGGCUGGCAGGAGCUGGUGGUGGCCCCCGGCCGCAUCCGGGGUGACUUCUGGGUGACCUUCUCUGCCACCCGCAACGCCACCCACAGGGGGGCUGUGGCCUUGGACGACGUGACCUUCUGGGGCUGUGGGCUGCCCACCCCCCAGGCCGGCUGCCGGCUGGGGCAUCACCGCUGCCGGAACCAGGCCUGCGUGGAGCCCCACCAGGUGUGCGAUGGGGAGGACAACUGUGGGGACAGCUCAGACGAGGACACGCCCAGAUGCCGCCGCCACAUACCCACCGACUUCGAGACGGGCCUGGGCCUGUGGCACCGCUCGGAGGGCUGGACCCGGAACCACAGCGCCAGUGUCCCCGAGCGCCCCGCCUGGCCGCGCCGAGACCACAGCCGGAACAGCCCACAGGGCUAUUUCCUGGUGUCUGUGGCCGAGCCCCGCGCCCCUGCUCUCCUCUACAGCCCCGAGCUCCAAGCCUCAGGUCCCCACAACUGCUCGCUCGUCCUCUAUCUCUACCUGCACGGGUCCCAGACCGGCCGCCUCCGGCUGUACCUGCAGGCUCAGGGCCCCCACGCCCCCCGGGACCCCGUCCUCCUGCGCAGCCGCCACGGGGAGCUGGGGGACGCCUGGGUCCGAGACCGAGUGGACAUCCAGAGCGAGCACCCCUUCCGGAUCCUCCUGGCCGGGCAGACAGGGACUGGGGGUGUCGUGGGCCUGGACGACCUCAUCCUUUCUGACGGCUGCACACCAGCCCCGGAGGCAUCCCGCUCCCCCUCUGGGCUCUGGCCCCUGGUCCCCAGGCCUCAGCCCGUUGGUCGGCAGCCCCAGGGGCCCUGUGAGCCGGGACACCUCCACUGUGGGGACCUGUGUGUGCCCCCGGAGCAGCUGUGUGACUUCCAGCCGCAGUGCGAGGGGGGCGAGGAUGAGCAGGAGUGCGGCACCACAGACUUUGAGACCCCCACGGCCGGGGGCUGGGAGGACGCCAGCGUGGGGCGGCUGCAGUGGGGGCGCCUCCCGGCCGAGGAGAGCAGGGGCCCCGGCACGGAUGCCAGCGGGGCUGCAGCUGGGCACUUCCUGUCCCUGCAGAGGGCCUGGGGACAGCGGACGGCAGCGGCCAGGGCCCUCACACCCCCCCUGGGCCCCUCAGGCCCCCACUGUGUGCUCCACAUGGCUUACUUUCUUCAGAGCCACCCCCAAGAGGUCUCCUGUAACUUUGAGCGGCACACGUGUGGCUGGCACACGGGCCACCUCACCGACGCCCACUGGCACCGGGUGGAGAGCCAUGGGCCUGGGUACGACCACACCACAGGCAAAGGCUACUUCAUGCUCCUGGACCCCACGGACCCGCCGGCCCGGGGCCCUGGUGCCCACCUGCUCACCCAGCCCCAGACGCCAGCAGCCCCUCAGGAGUGCCUGUCCUUCUGGUACCACCUCCACGGGCCCCAGAUCGGGACGCUGCGCCUGGUGAUGAGGCAGGACGGGAAGGAGGACACGCACCUGUGGUCAAGGUCUGGCACCCACGGCAACCGCUGGCACGAGGCCUGGGCCACUCUCCACCACCAGCCGGACGCGGGCGCCCAGUACCAGCUGCUGUUCGAGGGCCUGCGGGACGGGUUCCACGGUUCCAUGGCGCUGGACGACAUGGCCCUGCGGCCCGGGCCCUGCUGGGCCCCCAAGCGCUGCUCCUUUGAGGACUCGGCCUGCGGCUUCUCCACGGGGGAUCACUGGACGCGCCAGGCCAACGCCACGGGCCACGCCGCCUGGGGCCCCCAGGCUGACCACACUACAGAGACAGCUCAUGGGCACUACAUGAUCGUGGAUACGAGCCCACGGGCCCUGCCCAGUGGCCACGUGGCCUUCCUGACCUCAGAGGAGCACCAGCCCCUGGCCCAACCCGCCUGCCUGACCUUUUGGUACCACCUGAGCCUCCGAAACCCAGGUACCCUGCAGGUGCGCGUGGAGGCAGAGCGGCACCAGGUGCUGACCAUCAGCGAGCAUGGAGGGCCGGCCUGGCGCCUGGGCAGAGUGGCCGUGCAGGCCCAGCGGGCCUGGAGGGUGGUGUUCGAGGCCGUGGCCGCUGGCGUGGAGCACUCCUACAUCGCGCUGGAUGACCUGCUGCUCCAGGACGGGCCCUGCCCGCCGCCAGCUUCCUGUGACUUUGAGACGGGCCUGUGUGGCUGGAGCCACCUGUCCUGGCCCGGCCUGGGAGGGUACAGCUGGGACUGGAGCAGUGGAUCCACACCCUCCCGGUACCCCCAGCCCCUCGUGGACCACACCAUGGGCACCGACGCAGGCCACUUUGCUCUCUUCGAAACAGGCGUGCUGGGUCCGGGGGGCCGGGCAGCCUGGCUGCGCAGCCAGCCCCUGCCCCCCACCCAGGCCUCCUGCCUCCGCUUCUGGUACCACAUGGGCUUCCCUGAGCACUUCUACAAGGGCGAGCUGAGGGUGCUCCUGAGCAGUGCACGGGGCCAGCUGAACGUGUGGGGCGCGGGCGGGCGCCUGCGGCACCAGUGGCUGGAAGGCCAGGUGGAGGUGGCCAGUGCUGAGGAGUUCCAGAUCGUGUUUGAGGCCACUCUGGGCGGCCAGCCAGCCCUGGGGCCCAUUGCCCUGGACGACGUCGAGUAUCUGGCCGGGCAGCGCUGCCAGCGGCCUGUGCCCAGCCAGGGGGACUCGGCGGGGGCCACGGUGCCAGCCGCGGUCGGCGGUGCCCUGCUCGUGCUCCUGGUGCUGCUUGGACUCAUGGGGUGGCAAUGGCUGCGGAAGGGGGGCUGCCCCUCCAGGGACAGGACUGCGGCUGCAGCCCCCGGCUUUGACAACGUUCUCUUCAACGCGGAUCAAGUCACCCUGCCAGCGUCCGUCACCACCGGCCCCUAG